UUGUAGUUUUCUGACAAAGUUGUCAAAUCUGUCAUGGCCUCGACAUCAUAUCAUAAUUUUCUUUCGUCCUACUUUUGUGUAUUACUGCGAUUUUAGUGCACUUCAUAAUUCCAGUGUUAAGAAAAUUUUAUGUAAACUGGGUAGAUAUUUUUUUACCCUAAUUCGGAGUCAAUUUAUUGUGAUUUAAUUACUGUGUUACAGAGAUAGUGUCGGUCGAACAAAUACAUUGAAGUGCUCGUGAGUACAUACGGUUUAAAAAGAUACUGAAUCAAUAUAAUUUUUGUGCUACGUUUGAACUAAAAUUGUGGUUAAUAGUUGUUGAGUUAAAAAUGUCGGAGGUCCUAUCGGGUCGUGUGUCUAAGCACAAGCGGGACCGUCGCGUUAAGAAUAGCACAGUACUGAGAAUGAUGGCAAUAAUGCAGGAAGGGAAUAGUGAGGUACCGAAGGAAUUUUUGGAGACUGGCCGGACGGGGCGCAGGAACGCGAUGCCGGACAUAAUGCACCCGCAGGGCGCCGAGGUCAGCACCGCAGACCUGCCCUCGAGGUUACAGCAGCUCACUGCCACUGACACUCCUCACUCUCAAGCCGACGCUUCAACCAGCGCAGCAAGUAUCCCGGCGCCGCAGAAAAUCGAAGAGCCCAAGGAGAAGGACAGCACGAACAGUUGAGCUGCUUCCCACACUCACAGUCCCCGAGGACUGCACUGGACUUGCCCAAAGCUAAAGUAAUCUCAAUCAGGUAAAUAGUAUUACUAAGCACUGAGUAAUGUAGGCCCACCUUUUAGGGAUGGUACGGUGUACAAAUAUAGCUCUAAUGUCUAGUGCGACAAAGUAGAAAUUGCAUAAUUAAUAAGUAUUUAAGAUUUUUAUGUAGAUGGGCGCUUUGUCGAAUUUAUAUUGUUUGAAAUUACCUGCAGUUUUAUCUGUUCCCGACUGGGCGUUAAACGUCGUGUAUGUUAAUAGGUUUUCGUUUAUUGUUAGAGAAUUAAUGGAACAAUUAUGCAGCUAAUCGUAUAUGUUCACUUUGUUUAUAUUACCUUUGUAAUGAAUGUUGUAAGUAUACAAAGCCCGUGUGUUAUAUUUUAAUGGGCAAGUUUUGUAUAAAAGUGAUCGAUAUUUAAGAGUGUUGAUGUAAAGAUUGGAAUUAGACAAUACUGAUAUAUGUAUAGAAAAUGAAUGUCGAUAGGAAGUUAUUGCUUGUGAUUGAUUUGGCAGCUUUUGCAAAACUUACUGUGGGAAAGGAAAAAUAUUUCAGUUAUAUAAAUUCCAAAUUUAAACAGAGAUUAAAAUUGUAUUACCACCUUAAAGGUUUUAACCUUUUUGGUCAGUGUCCAAAGCAACGUGUUAGGCUUAAGCAUGUGAAUAGUUGUCGUGAAUGCCUGACAUUCAACGCAGAUAGCUUUAACAGUACCUAGCAUUUACAUGAGAUUGUGAGUUAUACAAAACAGUAUCAUACAAUGCAGAGAUUAUUGUUAUUAUUGAACGCACACACAUGAGAAAGGUUGCUCAAGGUUACUUCGUCUCUUUUCAAAGAUCUAUUUAAAGUAAAUUGAACAGAAUUUCGUCAUGUCUAUUAAAUACCAGAACUUUGCUAAUUUAUCCAGUACCACGUGUGGUCACCCGUCAUCGGCAGAAAUAGUUGUCAAUGACAGGAGAUUGCAAAAACACUAAAAUACAUAACGCAAAAUGAUAUAAAACAGUUUUAAAUGAAAUAGAGCUGAGCCUUGGUACUUUGAGUAGAAUUUUGUAACAGAGUAAUACUAAACCUUACUUUGAGGACCAUUAUUAACUGCAUAAUGUAAGACCGAUGGGGUUUGCAAUUUAUUGUUUUAUGGCCAGCAUGUGACGGCUGUACAAAUUUUGUUAGUGGUCACACUGCUCUUACGCAAUCGCACAAAAAUACUUGCUGCACAUAUUACAGAAUUAUUUAAGACAGCUUCAAGAAAUUAAUAUGAUUGAUGUGUGCAGUGUCACCGGCAGUAGUCACGUGUUUUUGAUUAGUUUUAAUUACAUCGUAACUUGAUAGCAGCUGAAUCGCCCUUAACACAUUAGUGUACUAGCUUUAUUUACACAUUUUAUUAUUCUAAAUGUUUUCUCGGUGUUCCGUAGCUCUAAGUUCCUAAGUACGCUUAAUUCAGCUUGAUUUCUAAUAUUUCUUAGACGUAUAAUGAUUUGAAGAGUACAAUAUUAUUUUGAAAUAUUUUUUAUCUUUAGAACGAGAUAAGUUCCGUACAUUUGGUGCUGUUCGAAUUAUGUUUAUUUAUUGUGUAUAAAAUAUACGUAAAUUGUAUAGUUUAGUAGUGAAUAUUUUUAAUUAGGUAUGUUCUUCUUGUUUCGAACAAAAGUAUCUCGCGUAUGUAAUAUGUAAAUCUUCAGAAAGAGGCUUCUGUAAAAAAUAAUACUGAUAAUUAAAAAGGAAAACCAACUUUUGGAAUGUAAAAACAAAAUCAUCAGUGGGUUCAAACUGCGUCAUUAACGCUUAAUAUUUCUUCAUCUAGGGAUUCUAGAUGUCGUUCGCUCGUCUUCGGCAACGAUGACAAAUGAUCUUACUUCAUUAAAUUAAAAGCAGUCGCUAUUAAAAAGUUAGUACUAAUUUGCUCGCCAACGUAAAAUUCACUUGCUAUGCCAAAGUCAUCGACUGACAUCACCAUCGAGGCUGUAACUACAAUUUUAUUGUAGCUAUCUCUAUCUGUAGAGUAGGUCAUAGAUAGUUAUAGAGUUGAUGUUAGAAAUACUAAUGUCUACAGCUUUAUGUUUAUGGUAGAAUUUUGAUAUGUGAAUUAUGCUUUGUAUGUUUUCAAUAUGGCAACACUUACAGAAAUGAUUCAUUCUAAUCAUAUGCAUUUCAUCUAUUUUCAUUCAGGCACAUAUUAUUUCUAGAUAACUAUGUCAAAUACGUAAUAUUAUUUAAUGAACUUUUACUUAAAAAAUAAUUUCAAGAAAUGGUUAAAGUUCGAAUCUCACUGAAGUACAUAUUCUAAGAAUAUUUAUUUUGGUCUAUACUCUAGGGUAAGUGAAGGAAGUGUAUUUCGCCUUCUAUUAGUGGUUCAUUCUUACUUACAUAUCCAUAAGUUCUUACAAAAAUUAUAUUAAGCACAGCUGUGAGUCUAUGCCUUAAGUAUAUAAACUAUUUACUAGGUAGACCAGCGGUACUCAAUCUUUGAUGUGUAUUGUGUAGAAGUUUGAGUAAAAGAUUCUCUCAUUUAAACGGAAAGAGUCGCUCGAGUGAGUGUUGAGUGUCGCUGGAUUAUAGAGUAGACUAAUUUCAUACUUGUAUAAAAGUUAGGCAAGGUGGAUGAAGUGAAUAGCAACCAAAUGUUACAGUCAAAAAUAUUACAAUAGCGGACUUUAUGCCUAAGGCAUUCUCGUCCUCACAGUCUUUGCAACCAGUCAACCAAUUAAUGGUGCAGUUUAAGAAGAAAUAGAUAAACAUUAUAUACAUUCGUGUAUGAAACGGUAGAUAUGUUACUUGCGGUUACAAGUUUAUUGAAAUAAUUUAGAAGACGAUUCAAAUAUCUAAAUAACAUGACACCUUCAUGCCAGUUCGUUAGAAAUAAAAGCGCAGCAUAGUUGAAUCCUGUGUUAUGCUAAUGAUUGUUAUCCCAGUUGACCACAUAAUGAUAUGAUUGGUAAAAUAACUUCAGUGAUACAGUCCCAUCCACCUUGUUGACUUAUUCUAAAGCACGAACAACUUUUUAUACUUAAACUGCCUUAAUAUAUCUUCCUCAUCUUGAACAUCGAAUUUCAACGUAUUUCGCGGCCUAUUCGGUGUUUCGGUGUUACUAUCUACAAAAUUAUAUAUCCUACUAAAAUUACGUAAUUUCCUGUUCUUGUAAUAAUAAGUUCCGAUUUUGCAAUGUUAUGUAUUAUGUACGUAUCUUUUGGUAAAUGUGCAUUAACCUGGUUUAAGAAAUCUGGCUGCAAAACCAGCAUUUAGAUUGUAAUCUGGUGUAAUGCAACUCUUUAUGAUUCUACUUUCCUCAAUUUAAUUUAUUUUAGUAAAAAAUAAAUGUUAAAACAUUAUGUACUUUCUAUACGUAAGACAAUUUAAUGGUUAAUGUCAAUUGUUUUUACUUAAUUGGUUAUGCAUGGCACAUUAUACUGUAACAAUAUUACCAAAUACGUAUUAAAAUUUAUUAUUAUAACAUUUACGUAACGCUAUUAUAUUAUUGUGUAGAAACUGUGAUCUUUCGUACAAAAGGUAAAGAACUGAGUGACGCAAUUAACUUGAAUAUGUUAAUGGUUAUAAAUGUCAAUUACUUCAAGCCAUGUCUGUUUAACUUAAUGUAUUAAAAAAACAACAAGCAACCAUGAUUGUAAUUCUUAAUGAAUCUGUAAAGGCUUUUAAAGUGACGGAUGACGCACGUUUAAAAGACAAACGAUUGUAAAAUAACUACAUAAGUGCACAAAUCAUGCAACGCUUGCAAUCUUUUCAGAUUUAUUUAUGAAAACUACUGUAUUGUAUUUAUUAAUUACAACACCAUAACGUACGUAUGACCGAUCAACAUAUUUUAAAACUGAAAUAGAUAUUUUUUUACAUGGCAACUAAACUAAGUACAUGGCAGCACUGCUAAUUGGAUUAAGUAUUUGUAGUUAUUCUACAUGCAUUUUAUCACGAGUUUUACUCGAAAUCAUCAUCAAUUAUUUACGAAAGUAACAAUUCAAUCUUAUAUCUCGUUUAAAAUCUUACUACUUUUAUAUGAGCAACUAAACUAUUAUUUUAUAGUGAGUUAUGUGGACUUUACAACACCUUGAAAGCUAAUUAUGUCACCUAUUUCGUCUUAUCAAAGCGUAAAAAGUGUGAACCAAAUAAAUAAAUAAUAUUUAAAGAGAUACUUUGGCGUGUUCACUAAAACAAAGUCACAUUUGAGUUCACUGUAAAAGUAGUAAGGUCUAAAAUAAUGUAACUAUUUCUUUUAGAUCUCUGAUAUCGUAAUAUUGUGAUCGUCACCGUAGCUAUAGCUUUGUUUAUAUGGGCUGUAAAUAUACAUGUUUACUGUAGUAUUGUUUACGUAUUUAUUAUACGGUAAUUUAUUAUUUAAGUAAGUGAUACGUAGCUUCACGUCAUCGAAUACAUUGAAAACAUUGUUUUAAACUUUCAGGGUGUCUACCGCCAUAUUUUAAAGUCAUUCAUUGCAACUGUAAAACGCGUAGAGUUGCGUCUUUUUUCACAGAUGCUGUCAUUACUUUAAGCAGUUGUGGUAGACCCUCUAGACUGUGUGAGAUGUAAUAAAUCCUUAGUUUCAUAUCACUUAUUGCACUGAAGUUAAUGAAUCCUUUUUCUUCGGUUUAUCAGCCGUAUACACAACCAACACUUAACAUUACUAUCUUCAUAAAAUUGGUUAUACCUGUCGCUAUAUACGUACAUACAUGAAUGAAGAUUUUAAAUUAAGUGAUAUUUGUGAAUACCGCUUUAACAAUAGUCAUGGAAUAAAAAAUCAAGGAUAAGCUUUAUCGAUUACGUUUUUGUGUUUAAUCGUUUUAUAGCUUCCCUCUAGUUUUCAAGGAAAUGUGUGUUUGAAACUAAAAUAUAUAAAAGACAACAGGUUUUUAACCAAAUAUUGGUAUUCGUAUAGCCAUAUAUCUACGUAUAAAAUAGGUGUAACAUACCGAGAUAUUCAAUUCAUUGUCAUAUUGUAAUGGUGCAAUUUGAAAUCCAUAAGAUCAAGUUAGUAAGUUAUUGGGAAAUAGAAUUAAUGAAUUUGUAUCGUUUUGUAUCUAGUUUGCUGUGUAGCAAACAAAGAUAAAAAUAAAAAUGUAAAAAGUU